AUGAACAGUCUUGCAUUGCAAGUGGCCUCCCAGCAUUGUCUCCAGUCACCUGGAGCUGCCAGUCCUUCCACUGAUGGUCACCAGCCUGCCACAGUCCGGUCUGUGGCCACACCAGCUCCUGCUGCCCACUCUCCUCCUCCUCCUUCAACUGAUCCCAACCAGCCCACCUCCCCACCUCCUAGUGAUCGCUGCCAGCCUGUGGCUCUCAGGAGUGUGGCUGAUGUAAAGUCUGCCAUUUUUCACCUCAAGAAGACCUUCUCCAAACUGGUAUCUCGUACCAGAUCAGAGAUGUGUGCCAGGGAGAGCCAGGAACAGGAGUUUCUAGACGAGUUCCGUGAUCAUCUUCUUCUCCUCCCUGUCUCCAAGAAAGCUGCUCAUGUCAAGUUUUUCCGUGAAAAUGAAGACGACAUUCUCGAGGCAAGGAACAUUCGAAAACUGUUUGCCAUCCUGAGUCGCUACUUGACUUUCCGAAACUACGAGAUACUGCAAGAGAUCAUCACCUGGUUUGAUGUUGCUCCACUGCAACAGAGCAUGCAGGAAUACUGCGGGAUGCUCAUGAAGUUCGAAAUGUUAACACCAGUCGACGUCUAUAUUGGCGCUGUACCAGAAGAAACAGAUGAAGCAAUGAAGUCGGCAUUCUCACAAAUGGUCUUGAGGAUCGAAAAGCCUGCGUCUGAGUGUACACUCUAUGACCUUCGAAAGCUAAGUGAAUCAAUCAUCACCAAUUCAGGUCUUAGCUCUCACAGUGUUUACCUCGGUGGAGUGGCCAACAAGUGUGUGGAGGUGGUGGUGAGGUUUCCUCCCAUUGUGGUGGGCUGGGUGCUGGCAGCUCUGACCCCCCACUUCAUGACCACCCACCAUCUGUCAGAGGUGACUGUGGAUGGCAGCCAACUCACCCUCCUACCGGACCACAGACACAUGAAUGAUGAGCUGAUCAGAGCUGUUGAAGAAGGAGAUCUGAUGAUGGUUGCAUCUCUACUCAACAGUGGAGCUGAUAUCCAGACUCUCAAUCGGUACUUAGAGACUCCUCUGGACCAGGCCAGCUACUAUGGUCAUCUCCAAGUAGUUCGUCUGCUGACUGGCAGAGGGUCAGAGGUGGAGUGUAGGGACAGGAGCGGAUUGACACCUCUAAUAUCUGCU